UUAGUACUUAGGGGAACUGUACAUACGGAGCAAGGUCCGAGCAAGGAGGUUAUAUAUAGACAUAACCUCUAUAUAACCUCCUUGGUAUGAGAUAAGCAGUCUAAAGAUGGCAGAGUCAGAGGAAACGUUAACUUACGAAGACAUUCAACAUAUCAGCGACUUUCUGUUGAAGACGACAAAGUAUCGGCCAAAGGUUGCAGUAAUCUGUGGAUCGGGCCUGGGAGGCCUGGCCGAUGUAGUACAGGAACAAGACGUGAUAGACUACAGAGAUAUUCCCAACUUUCCACAGAGCACUGUUCAGGGGCACAGAGGGCGCCUAGUGUUCGGCCACCUAGCGGAGAAGAGUGUCAUCUGCAUGCAGGGUCGGUUCCAUCAGUACGAAGGAUAUCCUCUCUGGAAGGUGGCGAUGCCUGUGCGCGUGUUCAAGAUGAUCGGGGUUGAAACUCUAUUCGUCACGAACGCCGCCGGCGGUUUGAACAGGAAUUACAACAUCGGUGACAUCAUGAUAGUAAAGGACCACAUCAGUAUGCCUGGGAUGACUACAGACAAUCCGCUGAAGGGCUUCUACGAUGAAAGGUUUGGAAAGCCUUCCUCGCCAGUAACUGAGCUGUAUGACAGGGGACUGCGUGAGUUGGCGAGGCGGGUGGCUGGAGACCUGGGGCUGGGGGAGGCGGUACGGGAGGGGGUGCUGGUACAGGUGGGAGGGCCGUCCUUCGAUACCGUCUCAGUCUUCAACAUGCUACGGCGUUUGGGUGCAGACUGUGUAGGCAUGAGUUCGGCACCAGAAGUGACUGUGGCACGGCAUUGUGGGAUACGUGUGUUGGGGCUGUCCCUGGUGACAGACAUGGCGCCCAUGGAGAGUGACCUUCCCCCAACCAACCACCAGGAGAUUCUGCAAACUGCAAAAACACGCGCUGUUGACGUCCAGAACUUGGUCUGUGAAAUGAUAAGCCAACUACCCAACAACAAUGAUUCAGUACAACCUUCGUAAUACCCCCGGUCCUUUCCUAUAGAAGUAGAACGGCGCUCUCGCCGCGCUCUCUCUGCGACCUAAAAUUUGACGAUUGACGACGACGAUUGUACAGAAAAGAAACGAAUCCCUUUACACUUUGUGUGUUUUGUUGUCUUCUCAUUCAUACUUGCUUUUUGUACGUUUUGUAUGAUAUACCCAGUGUGACAGCGAAGAUUACAUAUAUCCUAUUUAGGUCGCAGUGAGAGCGAAGCGCGAUCGCCGUCUAGUGGAAAGGGGCCUUAUGGACUGGCCCUAUAGCCGCGGUCAAAAUACAAAGAUAAGGUUGAAAAUUAUACGACCGACAUUCAGCCAAUAUACCUCAUUGGUCGAUCGCGUAAUUGCCAUGCUAUCAUUGGUUGAACUGAUAAUUUUGAUCGAGAGACUUGUAACCUACAGUAUUGUAACGUCUGUUCUGUUGUCGAGGAAUGUAGUUAGUUAGUUCCUUCCUUCUUUCCUUCCCUCCUACCUCCCUCCCUUCUUCAUUCAUUCCUUCCAUUCU